AUGAGCGCUGUUACCCCUAGUCACCAGUCACCCAUCCCCAUCUCAACUCUAUCAGAUUACUGCAUCAGAGUAGCCUUCAAAUGCCAGAGUUGCACCGACACCGAUCUCUUCGAAACCAAACGAUGCGACAAAGCAAUACAAUCCAACAAAUGGUAUCAUUUCUGCGAGCACGCCAUCACUAUCAAAGUAGCAAGCCAAGCCAGCAUGUGUAAAGACUGUUGGGGACUAGUAGAUGGCUUGAGAGUUCCCAUCUGGAAGGCUCUGUACCACGAAGGACAAAAAAUCAGCAAUGCGUUUCUGGAAACGUUUGAGAAUCUGGGACGCUUGAGUUUCAGGCUCAAAGGAGGACAGCAUAAAGAUAUUAGAGUGAAAGGAACAAUUGUGUGGAUCAAGAGGCUGGCGGAUGAAAUACCGGGUGUGGAGGAUUAUUUCCCCUGGCGCGCAUCACUGGAUAGUCUUUCGGAUGAGAUUGUGAAGCCGAAAUAUCUUCUUGGAGGACAAAUGAGUAUUGUGAGUGUGUUGAAAGAUGGUCCGGAAUGCGUGGAGAUUGUAAGACGGAAUGUUUUUAAUAUCAAGGAGGAAACUGAUGCUGCGCGGAAAUUUCUGGAAGAAAGAGGAUUCAUGAUAGAAGGAGAGUUUCUUGGAUUAGCUUCUGAGUCGUAUGGUGAUGCGCAGGUUGAUAGACAACGCUGGGGCUUUCUGCAAGGAAAUGAAGUAGGUCAGUCUGAGGAUGAUGAUUCAAUUGUUGUGUGGAAUUUGAAGAAUGGGAAGUCUGUAAGGGUUGAGGGGGUGGGAAAAUAG